GAGCCAGAGAGUAUCACACAGCAUUGCCGUCAGCCUUGUUCUCCACUGAUUUCCAUUUUCUUUCUUAUCUUAUGUUUUUGGCCGUUGUCUUCACAUUAACCGCAAGGAUUACCGUCAAGCCAGCUCUGCUCGCGUGCUUCCUCAGAGGGUCUUUUUAUUUUCUCUCAUGCGUUUUUCUCAGCUCUGUGUUUUUAUCCAUUGAAACAUGCCCCGCUCAUUUUUGGUGAAGAAGAUCAAGCUUGAUGAUUUCUCUUCGUCCAAUGUGGCCACAUCCAAUCAUCAUCACCACCUGGACGACUCGUUCACUUUUGCACGCUCCAUCACAGACUCGGUGACCAGCCUUGGGGUUCGUCUCAGUGAGAAUGGCUACAUCCAGGAUUACAUCACGCCAUCUGUAUACCAGGGGGAGAAGAAGAUGGAGCACAAGCUGGCUUCGCCGGUGUCAGACCCCCUGUACACCCAGGUGAGCAGCGGAGGGGAGUACUGUGACCCCGACCUGAAGCACCCCGACAGCCCCCAGUCUGGCAUGACAGCCAGCGGCUUCUACAGUGGUGAAUCGGAGGCCCUGGCCGAGGGUUACACCAUGGAUGCCUUCUUCAUCUCUGACGGGCGCUCGAGGCGAAAGGGAGACACCGAGAGUCGCGGAGGGGGCUCAAGGAGCAGCAGUGCGAACGCUGGGGCUCAGGAGAGGGGAUCCGGCACGCCUCGCCACACCUGCAACGAGUGCGGCAAGACGUACGCCACCUCCUCCAACCUCAGCAGACACAAGCAGACGCACCGCAGCCUGGACAGCAAGAUGGCCCGCAAGUGUCCCACCUGUGCUAAAGUGUACGUGUCCAUGCCGGCGCUGGCCAUGCACAUCCUCACCCACGACCUCAAGCACAAGUGCGAUGUGUGCAGCAAGGCUUUCAGUCGGCCGUGGCUCCUUCAAGGUCACAUGCGCUCGCACACGGGGGAGAAGCCCUUUGCCUGCGCCCACUGUGGCAAAGCCUUUGCUGACCGCUCAAACCUCCGCGCCCACAUGCAAACACACUCUGCCUUCAAGCACUACAGAUGCAAGCGCUGCAAUAAGACCUUCGCUCUCAAGUCCUACCUGAACAAGCACUAUGAGUCAGCUUGCUUCAAGGGCUCUGCAGACGAAGACGACUCUGGAUCAGAAAACUAACCACAAGGAAGAAGCAAAAUUCUGAACCCCUGUUGUAGGUUCGCCACCAAUAACCCUGUUCACUCUGCCCUCCAUGCCUUUUUUCUUCCCUUUUUUUAGAAAGCAAUAUUUUCACUGAGAUUACGUGAAGAAACUCUAAUGAUUAUGGCAAAGACAAUUUCAAAAGAUGCUGGAUUUUUUCCCUGCACAGUAGCUAAUCGUCCACAGAAACAUACAAUCAAACAACCUUCCCCCAAAUAGAGACUGUAGAUGAUAGUUGUACACAA